AUGAUUUUUAGUGGCGCGGUUCAUUUUACGGUAUCAAAUAAUGAUUGUGGAAUCAGAGACUUUGACGUGGAGAAAUUUCAACUUUCAAAGCAUUUUUCUUUUCCCUGGCCAGUAAAUCAUACUUCUAUCAGUCCAGAUGGUAAGUUACUUCUAGUUGUUGGAGACAAUCCCGAAAGUAUGUUGGUGGAUUCACAAAAUGGAAAGACUGUUACUGCGUUAUCCGGACAUUUAGAUUUUUCAUUUGCAUCGGCAUGGAAUCCUGACGGCGUGACCUUUGCUACUGGGAACCAAGACAAAACAUGUAGAAUUUGGGACAUACGAAAUCUGUCUAAAUCAGUAGAAGUGCUGAAGGGAAACCUUGGAGCCGUUCGUUCAAUCAGGUAUACUUCUGAUGGUCGGUAUAUGGCUAUGGCUGAGCCUGCAGAUUUUGUGCAUGUAUAUGACGUGAAAAACGGGUAUGAGAUGGAACAAGAAAUUGACUUCUUUGGUGAGAUAUCAGGUAUUUCAUUUAGUCCAGACACUGAAUCUCUUUUUAUUGGAGUUUGGGAUCGUGUGUAUGCUAGCCUCCUUGAAUAUGGUUGGAAUCAAAAUGUAAAAUGUGAAGAAGACUGA